AUGAAAAGCGUCAAUCAAUUUUCACCGCUCAAUUCCUUCAAAAGCAUCCUCGGAGAAGAAGGGCUUUAUGAGCUUAGCCUCAUUGAUGUGAGUAGAAACAAUCAACGCUUCUGCUUUAGUGAUGCGCCUGUUCAAUUCUCCGGCCAUAGGAACAUAGCGUUAACAAAGAUCAGGAAUUCAAUAUUGAUGGAGCUAUUUCGAUUCCGCAGUUACAACCAGUUGACGUCUUUGGCUAAUAUACAAACUCUGAUUUUCCAGGUGAAGUGA